AUUUUCACCGUUGCCCCCACACCUCUUCUUCCUUCUUCCUUCACUCUCUCUCAGAGAGACCCAUCGAGCUAUGGGGAAGCCAAUCCCUCCUUCCUGGUUCGUACCCAUAUCGACGCUCUUAGCUCCACGAGGUGAUACCCUCUGGUACUUCCUCGCGCUUCUCUCCGUCAUCUCUGUCCUCGGCCAAGAGCUCACUCGCUGCUCCGUCCUCGCCGCUGCAGCCGACUUCGAAGGCUUCGGCGACGAAGCAGAAGAAGAACCCUUUGAUUCCUCAGAAAUCACCGAUCUACCCUUUCGGUCCCUCGUCCCUCCUCCUCCCGUCACCCAAUCCGACUUCGAAACUCAUCACGGCCCUCCAGAGCCACUAACUUCACCUUCGUCACCGCCCUCUGAUCCCUCACCCAAAGCCUCAGCCUUUGACUACUGGGACGAAGACGAAUUCGAAGGUAUUCCAAUCACCGAACCCACACAAACGACGACGGAAAAUGCCACCCAAUCUUCCCCGGCGGAAGAUACGAAACCCACUAAGCUGCCGGCAAAGCCCAGGUCUUUCAUUAUCGAGGUCGCCUGCAUCUGUUUCUUGAUCUGUUUCGUGAUCAAUUACUUUACUGGGAAGAGAGCAAAUGAGAAGAUUGCUUUGGCUUGGGCUGCCAAGUUUGCCACUAAGGAUUCGAUCUUUGACAAGAAUUUUAGUUUAAUGGGUACUGGUGAUGGGAAGGAUACGCCAUUGUUGUUGAAAGAAGGGCAGAGUGUGUUCAAGUUCUAUGCUAGUGGGAGGAGAUUCUGUCAGGGUUUGGUGGCUACCAUGGAGCUCCAGAGUCGGCAUGAUUUGAUAUCCAGGAUUUAUAAUUUGAUUGUGCCCAGUAAGGAUGAGAUUACUUUUGAGGUUUAUAUGAAUGAUGAUGCCAUGGAUCAUGUGGUUUUUGCGCUUGCAAAGAAGAAGGCUGCCAAGGUGAUGCAGAAGGAGUUUCGGGAUCUUCAGGGGUAUGCAAAUUUGGUUUCGCCCCCGAGUAAUCGGAAAUGGGUUGUUGAGGAUUUGGCUAGUAUAUCGGAGUCCCGGGAGGUUGCUGGUGAUCUGAUCAAUGAGACCGUUCUCGAUCAGGUGUUUGGUGAAAAAACAUUUGAGAAAUUUGGGAAAGGGUUCAUCUCAAUGCAUUUUUCUGAUCAACACUCGGGCACAAACAGGAAAAUUCUGUUGUUCAAGUUUGCUCUUCCUGAUGCCAACCACAUGGCUGAUAUGACCCGAUUGGUGGCUCUUGUACCAUACUACAUUGACUUGAUUGGGCGGUAUAAAGUUAGUUCACAGGUUCGCUCUAAAACGGAAGCAGCCAGGACAAAGGCUGCCCAAGAGGCAUACAAAGAACUUCUAAAUGCUAGGCAGGAAGCUUUGCAGAAGAGGAAGGCAGAGAAGAGAAAGUUGAUGGAGGAGGCUGAGGCGAAGCUCAGUGCAGAAGCACUUCGCAAGAAAGAAGCGAAAGAGCGUGCACGGAAGGCAAUGCCAAAAGUGAAGCGUGUUCACUAGAUUUUAUAUCUCGUGUGUUGCUUGCAACAUUGCAACUCGGUAGUUCUCUGAGUCACUCACCCAGGGAGUCAUUGUUCACAUAUGUUGGCCAAGUUGUAAGCAUUGAAAGAUUUUGGGUGAUUGACUGAUUGACUCGUUGAAGAGCCUAAGCCUGACCUCUCGGAUGUUUUUAUUUGAAAUGUUGGAGCAAUCUAAUUUGAUGGCUCAACUGCACUGAAAUUUGAAGACUGAUGAAAACCCGAUGAGCACAUUCUGGAUCAUUUUUUUUUUUCAUUUUGAAUCUAGCUGCAUUUUAUUUCA